AUGAAGUUAGAGCAUUGGGUUCUAGCAAUUCUUCGCUUUGUAUUACCUGGAGAGAAAAAUGAGGGAAAUUCUGCACGUUCAAGCUGGUCAAUGUGGGAAAUCGGUGGCAAGUUUUGGGAAGUUGAAUGCCAUGAACAUGGCAUUGAUGCCAAAGGAAACUACGUCGGAACUUGUCGUGUUCAGCAAGAAAGGUUUAAUGUUUACUUCAACGAAGCCAGUGGCCGCCGCUAUGUACCCAGAGCUGUCUUGAUGACCUUGAGCCAGGCACUAUGGACAGCUUGCGUACCGGUCCCUACGGACAACUGCUUUCAGAUUUGCCAUUCACUGGGAGGUGGAUCAGGGAUGGGGACACUGUUUACAUCGAAGAUGAGGGAAGAGUAUCCAGAUCGGAUGAUGCUCACUUCCUCUGCGUUUCCGUCACCCAAAGUGUCCCAUAUGGUGGUUGACCCCUACAAUGCGACCCCGUCGGUGCACCGGCUUGUGGUGAGGGCAUGGUCCUCGACAAUGAAGCUCUAUAUGAUAUCUGCUUUAGAACUCUCAAGCUCAAAUCCCAGCUGUAAGCUCUCUGUGAUUCGGUUUUUCAUAUAUUCAUAG